AUGGCCGAUGACUCGGAUCGUCCUCCAUGGUCAGAUAUUUCUCUACGACUCCAGAACCUACGCAGUCUUCUUAAUUCAGAGCGCCAUCUUCCCGAACAACACCGAGCCAUAGAAGCAUUGGAUCGAGAGAUGGACAAUAUGUCUGCCGACUAUGCCGCCCGUGAACGGAGACGGCGGGACUUUGAUUCCCACUCCCAGUCUCACGACUCGUCAUUAAUCUCUGCAUCCCAGCUCCCCAAUCCCUCACCGUCGACCGAAUCUGGUCUUCCUCGUGCACGUGGGUAUAGGAGGGCUUUCAGACCCAGCGAACGGCUCCAGAGAUACCAAAGAGAGAGACUGGGUCAAAAUGCAAUAAAUUCCAUACCAGGCUCCCUCCCCAUUGCCCGACUUUCCCCCGCUUCUCCGGCUCUCCCUAAUGCGGACCGUGGUGAGAGGUUGAGAUCUAAGCGCCGAAAACUCGACGACGGUACAUACGAUGAAGAGCCUCAGACAUUUCAAUAUGGCUUUGAUGGGCAGGUGGUUCCUGGUCAAUUGCGAAUGCAACUGGUCAGUUGUGAUGGAGGCGAAUAUUCCGACCCAAAUGUUGCAAUCAACAAUUAUCCCCAAAAUAUCCUUCUCGACGACAACAGCGUCUAUUGCACCAAAAGCAACAAAUGUAACAUCUUACUCAAGCAUGUCGGUGGUAUGCCUUUCACCUUGACCACAAUCGUCAUCAAGGCUCCUAGAGCUGGUUUUGAUGCCCCAAUUCAGGAAGGUUUGAUCUUCAUAUCCAUGGACGAUGAUGGCCUCAUCGAAAAAACCUCCCAGUACGACGUUCGAUGGUCACCUAGGAACCGUCGCUAUUCACGGUAUAGGACCGAAGGAACUCGACCUUCACAGGAUUAUCUGAAUCCAGGUGCCACCCCACGUUCCAUCGAUCGAACAUUAUAUCUGAAUGAUCCUCGAGGCAGAGAAGAUAGUCCGGAUUUCAAUACUUCGCUUGUCCCCGGUUUCAAUGUUUCGGUGACCGAUAUAUCAGGUGAUGAGGACUCUAAUGAGUUUCCUACUUCACCUCGACCUUGGCACGACGAUGAUUAUUCACUAAGAUCCUACGUCGAUCGUUACCGCCCUGUCUACUUGGGCCCUACAGGAAACGAACGAAAUGACAACGAAUCGGCCACAUCAAGCGACUCAGAUGGUGAGACAGGACCAUCUGUCCAUGAAAGACCCGAAAAUACAUUACAGCACCACAGGCGUCAAUUGGAGCUGGAGAUGGAUCUGCAGAAUCGUAUGAUCGACAGGAUGCGAGCUCAGCAGAUUCGAGACAGUGACGAGUACUUUGGACGUCGUAGUCGGCUGCCCACUCUCGAAGACCCAACCGAUUCUUGGAACCAAACUGAUUCUGAUGAGAAUCAACAUUCACCACCGACUCGAAGCGAUGGGAGGAAUCCCAUCCAGACGGUACUGGCAACCGAUUCUAGAUCUCCCUUGGAGCAGCGUUCGACCCAACCUGCUGACAACGAAGAGUGCACCAGAGGUAAAACGAAUCGUGGCGAAGGUGCGGGAUCAUCUUCCAGCGGAAAUAAUGGUGUGAAACCCCAUGCACGAUUCUUCAUUAGCAGGAGCAAAUCUAGCACAGCUAUCAAUUUUGACCCUCCCAUAUCCGGACGAUAUAUCUUCGUCAAGCUUUGGGCACAAGCUCCCAAAGCGAACAUUGAUAUGCAAGCCAUCCUGGCGCAUGGAUAUGGAGGGCCUAGAUUCUUCCCUUGCUCGGAGCUGAGAUGA